GCAACUUUCAGGACACACCACAGUCAUGGACCCAGAUACCCCCCAACUCUCGUGCGACUCCUUUCCUCUAGUCAUAGCUUCAGACCUAAAUCUGAACGUAAUCGAAGCAUGCCUAUCUCUUGAGGUACACCAAGACAGUCUCGACAACAAUCCGACUUUGGACCCAUGGGUUCUUCGAGGACAACUGCUACGCGCUCUCCAGCUGUACAACGUCGCAUUAGUACGGACUGAAUUUACGCCUAGAUCAAAAACUACGGAAUUCUACCGAGCCGAAUUGCUCCGCCGAUAUCCUGGCCUUCAAGACUGUUUCCCCUCUGCAAUCGAACUAGAGGCCUUCACCCAAUCAGUCCAAAGCCGAAUCAAGGCAGUCAUCCAUGACCCUAACCACUCGGCCGAUAUUAAUCGGGAACUCGAGUUCAUGCAAGAGAUCCAGGCUAUCAUCAACGCCCACGGGUUGAGCUACCUCCGUCGACUGGAACGAGAGGACAACGGAGAUCCUCCGGCAGACACAAUCUCCAGCCACAGUUAUGGUCUCCCCAUGAAGCAGGUCUACAGAAUUGGCGCGCAGUCUCGCUCGGUAUCGAGACGGCUAGAAGCUUGCCCUCACAAGCUAGCUACGCGUUCAAGGUCACCAUCGGUCGUAGGAACGUCAACACCACUCUCGAAGCCGCCGCGGAGCCUUGCGAGGUUCCUGCGGGCUCGGAUUGCGACAUUUGCCGCGAUGAAUUUGACGAAAAUCAUACUGCUGUUAAAACGAAGGGGUGUGAACAUAUAUUUAGCCGCGACUGCUUGGAGGGUUGGGUAGCAGCCCCGUUGCAUCAGAGCCGGGACGUCGUUUCCUACCCGAAAUGCAGGACACCGUUGCUCGGAUAAGCGCUAAAUCUGAUGGCCACCUUCACAAUGUCACGCAGUAAUCAGAUGACUGGGUUUGAUGUUGGAUGUAAGUACUUCAGCUAGAUGGUGUCUCUCUACGGAGAUAUUCUCCCAGAAACCCUUGAAGAUAGAGCAAUCAGAUAAGAAUGCCAUCCUCCCA